AUGGUGUUCUCAAAUAUCCAAAAUAUGAGACAUCAGGAAUUAAUAAACUACUUUCUCACAGCACUGUAUAUACGUGCAGGACGGUUGUUGAAUUCCAUGAAACUUUGUGGGAGUGGUGAAUCAAGUGGACAUAAAUGAUUCAAAAUAGAACUCUGAGAGAAGAAACUGUGAAGUUCCUUUUAUUUCAGCUCAGUGAUGAAUAUUUUAGUUUCACUUCCUUUCUCAUCUUUCCGUAUACAGUCUAUAUCCAACUUUUCAGAAGAUCCCCAUCAGGAACAGGAGCCAUUGUUAAGUGUUGGAUAUAUUUACAUGCUGUUAAAUGAAGUAUUCUGCCAAGUGUAUAAACACACUCUGAACACACAAGAAAUGGAUGCUGUGGUUGGACUGAUGAUAAUGCUACUGGGAGUAUCUCAUGGUGUGGAAACUCACUGUGAUGGCAGACAGGAUGGAGCUCAGUGUUAUGGAGCUUUGGGGGGAAGUGUGGACAUCCAGCUGAUGGACAGCACCUCAGAAAUAUAUAAAUACCAACUGUUAAAGAAUUCAUUAAAAAUACUAUAUGUGAUAAAUAAUACAAUUAUUUCUAAUAUAAUACAAAGUAGGUCUCUUUUUAUUCCUAGUAAUGGAAGAUUUAGGAUCAAUAACUUGAGCAGGAAUGAUAGUGGUAAAUAUACACUUAUAACCUUUGAUUUAGAUGGAAAAGUAUCAAGCAAGUGGUCUUUACAGUUGUUCAUUCAAGCUCCUGUGUCCUCUGUCCUGCUGCUCUCUGAGUGUCUGUCCCAGGGAGAGAUGAGGGUGUCCUGCUCCUCUGAGGGAGGGGACAGUCCUCAGUACAGCUGGACUCUGGAUGGACGCACACUGACAGAUGCUGAGCUCCUUUCUGUAAAUAAUGAGAGUAACAUCAUCACUCUGAAACAGCACGUCUCAGGACAUCUGGUCUGCUCAGUCAGGAACAACGUCAGUAAUGUCUCCAAAGAAGAGAGAAUAUCUACAUGUGGCUUCAUUUUCAUAAACUGCACCUUAAUCAAUGGGACACAGAUAUCAGGGUGGGUGUAUGAAGCCAACAACACCCUGUGUAUUAAACCAACAAUCACAACUAGAGGCAGUACUGUGGGUGAUGAGACUGGAGUAGUGUCAGUUAAAAACAGUAUAACACCCUUUAAUCAAACUGCCUGCAGUGAUGGCACAUGGCACAAUAAUAAGUCCUUGCUUAUGUGUGGUUUGAGAGCAGUUGUGGUCAUUCUCUUGUUAAUUGGGAUUUACAUCUACUUCGCUUGGAGGAAAAAGAAACAUGACAAAGCUGAAGUCUCUGCUGUCCCACGAACGAGAGGAGAUCCAGAGGACUCUGUUCUGAUGAUUGAAAUGAGUUCUGCAACUUACGCCAACACCUAGUUUCACCUUUAAACUACUGAAAUCUGACAGAACAACACAUUUUUUGUUUUUAUUCUUCACAACAUAUGUUUCUCAGUCUAGCAGCUCAUAGUGAUUUUUUUGUGUGUGGAAGCUUUGAUUACAAAAGGUUGUGACUUUAAUCUGAACUACUUUUUUACUUAAGGUGAAAUUAGUCAAGUAAAUUCUUAAACUGAAAAAUCUGAAAAAUUUAAUGUCACCAAGCUGGAAGCAAGGGUUAUUGUCUUAGAAGAUUCAGGCAAUUUGGGUUUUUGUUUUGUUUUGUUUUGGUUUGGUUUUUUUUAUUUCAAAUUGACUUGAUAGGUAUCUGUACUUCUUAAAUGUUAAUUUCGAAAAGCAUGUGUUUUUUAUGUUUGUUUGUUAAGUUUUAGACCAUUACACCAUCAUCUAUUUAUCUCAUAUGGUUCUAAUUACACAUUACAAAACUGUUGUUGCCAUUGUGACAAACAAUAAUUGUACAAAGCCUUUAAUAAGAUUAAAAGCAGGAGCUUUAAUUUAAUCACUUUCUGCUGCUUUGGUAAGCUGUCUUUUUAUGUGUCCUCAGUUUAUCUAUCUUUUCUUCUGAGAAGAAACCAAAACUUCAUCAGAAUGUGGAGGUGUUGACUUGAUAGGUAUCUGUACUGUUCAGUGAAACUCUGUUAAACAAAACAUUAAAAUGUUUAAGCGAAAACAAUGAUCAAUUAAAACAUGACUGCAAAAGCAAAACAAA